CCGCCACCGGAAGCGCCCUCCCAGUCCCCGCAGCGCCGCCGCCAUCGCCGCCAUCGUCGCGGGGCCUCCUGGGCGGCUGGGGCUGCCCGCGGCGUUGCCUGUCCCAGCGCCCGCCGCGGCAGGAGAGAUGCCAAGCGUUGAUUGCCCCCUUCACAUCUCCAGAAAGAUACACAGUGAUGGAAGUUGGAGGUCACAGAAAUUACAUCUGCUUUGCUGCUGAGCUCAGAGGAGAGCCCCGACCCUUCCUGCAGCCAGAGGGCUGGAGCCUGCUCAGAGGUGCUCUGAAGAUGCUGGAGGCCCCGCCCCUGCUGCUGGCAGCUUUGUUGCUGGGCCUGGUGCUGCUGGCCCUGCAGCUGAGGCACUGGAGCUGGGGCCUGUGCCUUAUUGUCUGGAGCGAGUGCGUCCUGCAGCCUAUCCGCAACCUGUUCAUGGGUGAUACCAAGGAACAGCGCAUCCUGCACCAUGUGCUGCAGCAUGCAGAGCGUGGGAAUGCACAGAGCGUGCUGGAGGCCAUUGACACCUACUGCGAGCAGAAGGAGUGGGCCAUGAACGUGGGCGACAAAAAAGGCAAGAUCGUGGAUGCGGUGAUUCAGGAGUACCAGCCCUCCGUGCUACUGGAGCUGGGGGCCUACUGCGGCUACUCGGCCGUGCGCAUGGCCCGCUUGCUGUCACCAAGUGCAAGGCUGCUCACCAUCGAGCUCAGCCCUGCCUACGCUGCCAUCACCCAGCGGAUGGUGGAUUUCGCAGGCGUGCAGGACAAGGUCACCGUCGUGGUUGGGGCUUCCCAGGACAUCAUCCCCCAGCUGAAGAAGAAGUAUGAUGUGGACACGCUGGACAUGGUCUUCCUCGACCACUGGAAGGACCGGUACCUGCCGGACACAAUCCUCCUGGAGGAAUGUGGCCUGCUGCGGAAGGGGACAGUGCUGCUGGCUGACAAUGUGAUCUGCCCAGGGGCGCCAGAGUUCCUGGCACACGUGCGUGGGAGCAGCUGCUUUGAAUGCACAAACUACCCAUCGUUCCUGGAAUAUAGGAAUGUGGUAGAUGCCCUGGAGAAGGCCAUCUACAAGGGCCCAGGCAGCAAAGCACAGCCCUGACUGCCCCCCACCCCCAACUCGGGCUCCCUCACCCAACCUGGUUCUGAAGUUGCCACAGAUUCGCUCCUGCUGACCUGCUGCGGCUCUGGGCUGUGUCCUAAAUGCACACCUCAGCCGAGGCCUGCGCCCUGCCAUUCUGACCUCUCUGGACUGCAACAAUGAACUGUUCUUUUAUUGAGACAGAGUCUUGCUCUGUUGCCAGGCUGUAGUGUAGUGGCACGAUCUUGGCUCACUGCAACCUCUGCCUCCUGGGUUCAAGCAAUUCUCCUGCCUCAGCCUCCCGAGUAGCUGGGACUACAGUCGUGCACCACCAUGCCCAGCUAAUUUUUGUAUUUUUAGUAGAGACAGGGUUUCACCAUGUUGGCCAGGAUGGUCUCAAUCUCCUGACCUCGUGAUCCACCCACCUCAGCCUCACAACGUGCUGAGGCAUGAGCCACCGCGCCCGGCUGUUCUCCUUUUUCUAAGACUCUGUCAUGGUCUCUUCACUACCACCUGCUAGCUGUAUUAUCUUAUAUACUAAUGUCAUCCUUUAAAAAUACAAAAUAGAAAUUAAACAUCUAAGUAUUUACAUAUAA